UUAAACGAUUACGGUUAUCAUCCAAAAUGCCUUCGUUCCUGCCUGUUGAUCAAGUUCUGGGAAUUUCUUGAGCUUAAGAAAGGAAAUGAUUGGCAUCUCAGCGAUCGUGAGUACGCACUUGCUGGGAGCAUCCUGGUCAAGAGGUCGUAAGUAUAGACCAACAGGCAGCACUGACGUCACGCAGCUGCGGUGGCGCUGUCGACGGCACUGCACGAAGAUCGACGACGGCACAGCUCAGCUGGAGGAAUAUCGGGACCUACAAGAAUUGCAUGGUCCAAGCUCACUAAUUGCAUCUCCGAGGAAAAAACCAGCAGGGACGUCCAGUCAUCCAGCAGGCGAUAUCGUCAACCGGCACGACCCAAGCAGUCCUUUCCUCACCUGGAACCCCACUGGCGAGUUCUGCAGGACGGCGACUGCCCAGGCGAAAGAGGGCAAGCGCCGGUGUCGCUUCUGCCCCUACACCACCGACUACUCGGCGAGCAUUAUUGUUCACGAAAGGACGCACACGGGUGAGAAGCCAUACCCCUGCCGGUUCUGCGGGAAGGCGUUUGCGCAAAGCAGCGACCUGACGGCCCACGAGAGGAUUCACACGGAUGAGAGGCCCUACGAGUGCGAUGUCUGCGGGAAAGGGUUCCGGACCUCGACUCACCUGACGAGGCACAGGAGGACGCACCUGGGGGGCGGUCUCCCCGCCUGCCGGUAGUGCGGGAAUGAGUUAGAUGCGGGUCCACCUGGUUCAGCACGGUUCUCUGAAGGCACAAUCACGCGCUUGUGUUCUCUUAGGGUCGAGUUCUCGUGACCCCUUACUACUAGAGAACAGACUGGCACUAUCUGUGACGUGGUCCUGGAACUGCGUUUGACUAGAGCAAAGUUUGGUGACAUUUGCGAGAUCAAAUGAGAAAUGGUGACUUCUAGCAUAGUCAAAAGUUUUUCAAACUAAAAGAGUAAGAAAGAUGUAAAAACAAAAAGAAAAUAUACGGAAACUUAAAUUGUUCCACUGCUAAAGAGGUUUUAAGACACGGUCAUAAGCAGUUGUGUGUGAA